AUGGAAGAUUCUGGUGACUUAACUCAGUCAUCUGAAACAGCCUCAGAAUACGGCAGGUCUUCCUGCCCUAAUUAUGAUGCUAUAUUGAAGUUAAUUAAACGUCUUAGCCUGGAAUGCAAAGAUUCUGGUAGCCUAUUAAAAAUCCAGAAUGCAAUUCAUUCAUAUAAAAGGUUAAUACAACUGAAAAAUGGUCACUGCAAAGUACUUCGAGGGAAACUUCAAGCGGUGGAGAAUGAAGUCAGUGGACUCUAUAAGAAGCUUGCAGACUCAGAACAUGAAAAACUCCAACAAGAACAAGAACUCUGCAACGUAAGGUUUACUUUAAAACAAGAAGAGGAGAAGAGAAAAGAUGCAGUCUGGGUAUAUGACAAAAUGAAGGAUCAGCUAAGAGAAAAAGAAGAGCAAUAUAAUAAAGAAGUUAAAGUGAAACAGAAACUUGAAAUUUGUGUUAGGGAACUGGAUGUGGAACUGAAGACUGUGAGAAACAAUCUUAAUAAAGUUUUAGAGGAAAGAAAUUGCAUCGAGAGGCAACUUUUGGAAGAGCAGAAUGCCAGAAUCUUACAGGAUGAGAUUCUGGCAAAUCACCUUCACAAACAAAAGGAGCUAAAAAUUGCACAAGAAAAAAUUAGUUCUAAGUUACAAGAAGCACUGGACCAACACAUACAGCCCGCCCAAUGCGCUACGAAGAUGCAUGACUGCAUUCAAAAACUUGGACUUGAAAACCACAAGUUAAAAGUGACAGCAAGAAAGCAAGCAGAGAAAAUUGAACAGUUAAAGAAAAAGCUACUUAGUGAAUUUUUGAGUGAUGAUCUUACUGAAAAACUGGAAACCGCAUCUUCCAAAUGUCUACAUCUCUAUAAACAGAAUCAGCUGCUUCAGCGGGAGUUACUGUCUAUGAAAACGAUACAAAGGAAAUAUGAAAAAUUAAAGAAGCAUAAAAAGAAGUUAGAACAAGAAGUAGUUAACCUCAGAAGUCACAUGGAAAACAAUAUGAUAGAAUGUGGUCGAAUAGAGCAGUAUAAAUGGGAAAUCGAAGAGAAAACAAAGCAGGAUUUGGUGGAAAAGUUAAAACAAGUCAACCUAUUCUUGCAGACACAAGCAGCAUAUGAAGACAAACUAGAGAAGUUAAGGCACAAACAGAACGCUUCGGUACGAACUCAGAUGGAGCUCAGAAUAAGGGAUUUGGAGUCUGAAUUCUCCAAGAUGAAAAGUCAAGUUGAUUGCAAUCAAAUAGAAAUGGAAAACUAUAAGCAGCUCUACCUAGAAGAAGUGAAAAUAAGAAAAUCAUUGUCAAAUAAAUUAAGCAAAACAGAUGAAAGACUGGCAGAGGCCAAGACCAAACUUCUCCUGGAGAGAAAACAGAACAGAGAUUCACACUACAGCAUGGUUGACACAAGGCCUGUGCUGGAGUCCACGCGUCCUAGAGACAGUAAUAAAUUUUUCAUUCCAAGAAGUUUCUCUGGAGAAAACAUGCUUACAUCAAACCUCUGGCACUCAGUUGAGACCAUGGAAAAUUGCAAGACCAAGCAAACAGAAAGCUUUUCCAUGAGGGUUGAGGACAUGCGUUAA